CCGCGGGUGGGUCGCUGCGGGCUCUCAGCAACAGGGGGAUGCCGGGGGAGCAGGAGAUGCCGGGGAAGCGGGGGCUGCCGGAGGAGCAGGGGUUGUUGGAGCCGGUGGACGAUAGCGAGUCGGAUGUCUUUGAAAUUGAUCUCCCGAUCACUGUGUUUGUGCUGAGCGAUGAUGAUUUUCUCCAAGAUGACACCGAGGAGCAAGCGGCCUCGGUUCCCGAAGCGAAGCAGGACGGUGAACAAGAGCUUAACGCAUGUGGCGAUGGGACACCUUUAAAUGGCAGUAACGGUUUAAGCACUUGGGUAGUAAGCAAGGCUGCUUCAAAUAAGGAUAAUGGCAUGAAAUGCUCUGAAGAAACGUGUGCUGCUGAGAGUGUGUGUAACAGCACAAAAACAUCUUUGAGGGAUUCGUGUGAUGCAGGCACAGAUAAAUACAGUGAGGACUACGACUUGCCUACAUUCUGUGAAACAGAGCUUACAGAGGUAAAUGAAGCCGGUGACCGAGAAGACUGUGAUGGUGGGGUCCAGAAGAUUCCUCCUCUCUCUGCUCUUCACGAAGGUGGGGAUGAGACUGUCAAGACAAGCAGACAGCUGACAUUGGCAGCGAUGCACAGGCACGAAGAGGAACUUGUUGGUGUUGCGAGUGUUCCUUCUGAUAGCAGCCAAGAGAAACAACCCGAAAUCCACGAGGAGAUAGAGACAAAUGUUGAAAUGGAAGGUCCUGAUUCUUCAAAGAAUGGAGAUCAAGAAGUUAAAAAGAGGAGCAAAUUUGAAGAUGAAAGUCUGAGUUCUCUUUUGGAACAUGGCUUGAAAGAGGAAUCAGAAGAAUCAGAAUGCACAUAUUGUUCAGCUUCACUUCUUAGUGGAUGUUCUUCAGAAGAAUUGCUGAAAAAUGUAGGGAAAACAGAGGUAAAUGCUUCCACUUCUGCUGAACCAAAGAUUCCUGGAGAGCAUAUGUACAAGACAUUAACACCAUUUCCUAGAAAAAGAUACUGGCAACGAAAAGCUGAUGCAAGCGCCACAGAAUACCAAAGUCAGCAAGGGUUAGCAUGGCUAAGUAAUGGUUUGACCAUAAAACCUCUUUCUAAAGCUGCUUCUUCUAUGAAAAAGCCCGAAAGACUGAAGUGCAGGUUUUGUAGCUUGAUGUAUAAAAGUAGUGCACAUCUCAAGAAACAUAUUUAUUCAGCUCAUAAAAAUAAGAAAAUACAUAAAUGCCGCUUUUGCAAGAGAACCUUUUUCUUUUCUGUCAACCUUAAGAAUCACCUUAAAUUUCAUAAGAAAAUAAGUAAGUUGCAAAAGGCAAGAAAAAACAGAAUAAACGCAAGAAAACUGAUGGAGAGAAGAGCUGAAGAAAGGAAGUAUGAGGCUAAGAAAAAAGAAAGUAAAUAUGAUAAAUUUUUCAUCAAAAUGGAAAGGGACUUUACACCUCUGGGUGUGCCUGUUAGUUUUUCCUGCAAAAAUUGUUUCUUUGCUUCAUCAAGUCCUAGGACUUUUAUUCAUCACAUGAAGGGUCAUAAAGAGAGACCACCUUACCAGUGUCCUCAGUGUGAUUAUUCCUGCCUUAGCUUAUCCUAUCUGUUAAAUCACAUGUACUGGCAUGCUGGGUACAAGCUGUACCAGUGCAGGUUUUGCACCUUUUUCUCACUGUAUUUUGCAAGCAUGGUAAGGCAUAGCUACACCCACACAGGGGCUAAACCCUAUUCCUGUGAGGUCUGUGAGUCAGCAUUCACGAGCACCACUGGGUUAAAGAGACACAUGAGAUUGCAUGCAAGUGAGGAAACAAGCCAAGGGCAGCAAGUGGACUUCAUAAAUGGGAGAAAAGCAGCCCAGAAACCUCCGAAGCAUUAUACAUGCGGUGAAUGUAACAUAGUAUUUUACAGCAGAGGGCAUUUUGGCUUUCAUAAGAAAUUUCAUGAUCAGUGUAAGACUACUGCUAAUGGUUAUGUGAGCCAGAGCAAUGAGUGUGAAAAUGAAAUAUGUGGAGUUGACAGCAGUUUGCAGGACCACGCUCCUCUGUCUCUUUGUGGUAAAGAAAAUGGUUGUUUUACUGGAGAAGUACUGGCUUCAGAGCUAGACUUGGGGAAGGCAGGUGAAGUGUGGGACAAUAAAAACUGUUCUGAAAAGAAAUUCCCUGCAAACAGCCAUAAAAGCAAGAUCUUACCUCUUACUGGGAAUAGAUCAGAAGGUCCCCUGAAUUCUUACGAAGUGGACACUUUACCCUGCAGAAAGGAACCUCUCAUUAACUCCAGGGACUUGCAUUCUCAAGUUCAAGAUGAUAAUGCAUAUCAGAGAUGUAUGGAAAACCUAAGUGAUACACAGCCUUCUAAUUUGUCUGGAUUUAAAACGUACAAGUGCCAACACUGCAAUUAUGCUACUGUUAUUCAUAGCAACUUUAAGCUGCACCUGGAAAUGCACACCAAUGAAAGACCAUUUGUAUGUAAACAAUGCAAUGAGGCAUUUAAAACAUCCAAGCUUUUGGAGAAACACAGCCUCAUUCAUGUGAGGAGUGAGUGUGAGUUUUACCAUUGCCUCUAUGUAGACAGCCAUUUAGAGAAUCUUGAACUGCACCCUGAAAUGCAUGGUGGCACGUAUUCAGAAGGAGAUUUUGAUUCCUUUGAAGGGUCAAGCAGUGUCCAUUCGUUGCUUGAUUCAGGUGUCUCUGGAGCGCAACCAGAUGUCCAGAGGGUCAAAGAAACUGAUCUGCUAGUAGGUCAACCCCGAUUCUAUCAAUGUGCAGAGUGUGAGUACACUACAUACACUUUAAGCAACCUUGAACUACAUAUCAGAACUCACACAGGUGAGAAACCUUACAGCUGCAGUGUUUGUCAGAAGAAGUUCCGUACUUCCAGUCACCUGAGAAGACACAGAGUCACACAUUCUAAUAUAGAGCAUCUGAAGUGCAGGAACUGUGACUAUUCAACAAAUAAGUGGCUGUCCUUGAAACAGCAUCUGGCUUCACACUCUUGUGGGGAAAGCUCAUCUGCUGUCUCUCUCUACCAACCACAAAAUCAGCUACCUUUCAAAAUAUAUGUGUGUGAAGAGUGUGGCUAUUCCACAGCCCACAAUGGAAACUUGAAGCUACACUUGAGAAUUCACACAGGGGAGAAGCCCUUCAAGUGUGGUCAGUGUUCUGUUGCUUUCCGCACAUCCAGCCACCUGAAGCGCCACUUACUGACUCAUUUAAAGCUGCACUGCAGAAGGUGUAAAUUUUCUACACUGGAUAAGCAGUCAUUCCAAAUGCAUGCAAAAACACACAUUAAAAAAUACAAGUGUGGGAAGUGUAAUGUCACACUGUCUACCAAGAAACUUCUGGAAAAGCAUAAGCAGCAACAUAAGCUUGAAGUAUAAGCCUGGGAUUUGUGAGUUGUCACUUCUUUCUGGAGAGGUUUGCAUGUCCUUAAUUCGUUCAUUGGUUUACAUUCCACUGUAGUCCCCAGAACAAUGGAUGGAAAUGCACCCAGCAUUUUGAUACGGAGUAAAACUUGAUUUAUUGUUCAUCAGUUUAACCACUUAGUCUGCAGCGCUUACUUGUUAAAAAAGCAAUGAAAAAAAUCUCUUAAGCAAUGUUUAAAGUGAGGGAAAGAGGUUAUUAAGAAGGGAUAUAUGUUUUAUUGUGUAGUAGUAGCAUUGCAUUUUGAAACUGUCAAUGUGUUUGGAGGCUAAAUGUUGCCUCCCAUCUGCUGAAAGUCACAUGCCCUAAUCCCAGGAUCUUCUGCAAUGCUUGCAAGAGAAGGAAGAAAAGCUCGCAGAGUUACAGAAACAAAGAGUUGUGCCAUCACUGGAUAGUUAGGAAAAUGUUUUCUGUGUGUAUAUACAUGAAAGAUUUAUUAGGUAGUUGUCUUGUCUGAUUUUUUUUUUUUAAUAGUUUGACAGAAAUAGUUAUUCCUAAGGAGGUACUUUAUGAUGCUAAGAAUCUGAAUCUUUGCUCUUAUGUAAAUGUGUAAUGUUAAUUUAGUAUGAAAUGCUGUAUCUUUUUUCAUGCUGAUAGUUAACUGUUGUUUCUCCACGUAGAAAAUAGUUUAUUUUUCAAAGAGCUUCUGUUAAUUUAACCAUUUGCUGAUAUAUUGGAAAUCCUACUUAAUUACACCGACAACCUUAGCAGUAUCUUGAACUGCAAAAUUAAUUGUGUUGAAGAGGUUUACUAUGCAUCUAAAAUGCAAUGCAUAAGGUCCUCUUGUACCAGUUAAGCAGUUGCUACCUGUUAGAGUGGAAACAGAUGGAUGCUUUUUCCACUUUAUAUUCAACUCUAGACAAAUCUUCUCUGAGUUUUACAGAGUUACAAAUUCCUCUGUGGAUGUCACUCUCCUAUGCUCAAUGGUAUGGUUAGCAGGACUGUUGCCCUUUUGUGUAAAAAGAUCAUUGCAAUGGGCUAUUGCUAAUUGUCCCCUGAUGUUGGUUCAGUCCAUGAAACAGCAGAGUAAACCUGUAGCUAAGUUUAGAGAAUGUAAACAUGAAACUACUGGCACCUUCUGCUGCUCUCUUUAUUAAUAUGGAUAACGUCUUGCAGAGGCUUUGUAGUAGCAGGAGACAGGUGGUGGAGUCUCAUGCUCUUUGGAGAUACUCAAAAGCCAGAUGUACAUGGUCCUGGGCAAGCAGCUUUAGGUGUCUCUGCUUGAGAAGAAGGUUGGACCAGAUGAUAUCCUAAAAGGCCCACAAGCAUUCGGUGAUUUGGAAUGCAAUUUUCCAAGAGUGGAUUGAAACUCAUGAAUAGAUGCAUGUAUGUAAGGCCAGAUCAGUAAAGGUACUUAAGCCAUCUAGUUCUUUGUAACUGCAGUGAAAUCAGAAAAUACCUGACACUCUACUGUGGUGGUUACAGUCCUUUCUACUGUGAGAUGGGAUGUCACCAUUUGUCAAUGAGAUCUUAAAAUGAUUGAUCUGACUACUUGAUAAGAGUUGUGAGAAAGAAUGUUACCCUAAUGGGAAUAAAGAAAAGCAUUUCUGGGAAACACUAACGCUGUUGUACAAGCAUGGAGGAACUUGCAUUACUGUACCAUUCUGAACAAUUAUUUGAAGAAAAAAUCAGGCAUAAAGAGGAAACAAAAAGUAGUGAAGAGAAUUCUGAACCUGUAUACCAGGUGAGACUAGGAAAGCUAAAUCUGAUGGAGAAUAAUUGUUUAGAAGUAUAGUGUACAGUGAUCUAGAAGGGAGGGUAAAUUCAUUAAAGUUAAAUGUUUGUCAACAGUCCAAGUUUCUUUUAGUUAUGAGUAAGAACAGCAGAAGGCAUUUUCAGAUAGAGCUCAGUUAGUUUGUAAGAUUGCUGUGCUGUAAUGAAAAUAAAGUGUUUCCUGACUGGAGAUUCCACUCUGUUCUUCCUGUACUGCACUAAUCUUCACGUUUGGGGAAUGGAAUUGAUUCUCAGUCAGCCAAGUCACAGACGUUUCAAUAUAAAGACACAUUUGUUUCAAAAUAAAAACAAUCUGUUCUUGG